ACAGCAAUAACUGUGGAACCAAAAAACAUACCUACCUACAUAAAUAGGAAUAUACUCAACUUAUCAAUUGUUACUUCAACGCAUCGUGACAUAGCGAUAUGCGCUUCAGCUCGAUCCGAUUCCUCCAUCAGUUACCCAAAAUGCUUGAAUCCCUUGUCCAGGAAAUCCAGUUUCCCGCUAAUUAUCGACCCAAACUUCUAGUGACCUGCUCAGACGUCCCGGUAAGCUACAUCGAAACACUUCGUCGCAAAUGCGAUGUGACAGUUUGCGCCGGAACCAGUCGGGAUGAAAUACUGGAAGCCACUCCGGGUGCCGAAGGUAUUCUUUGGCUGACUGCCGAUAGGCUCGACGAAGAAGUCCUCAGCAAGUCAGGACCACAACUGAAAGUUGUGUCUACGUUAACGUCCGGCAUGGAUUACGUCGAUUCCGAGGCAUUUAGAAGGCAUCAAAUUCCGUUGGGUCAUACGCCGAAUGUAGUUAAUAAUCCUGUAGCAGAUAUAGCCAUCGGAUUGAUGAUUGCUGCUGCGAGACGGUUUCACGAAGGGCGGAUAAAAAUUCUGAACUCCCAUUGGGAAGCAACGCCACAGUGGAUGCUGGGACAAGACGUGGUAGGAUCUACCGUAGGAAUCGUUGGUUUCGGUGGCAUUGGUCAAACAAUAGCCAAACGAUUGCAAGGAUUCGACAUCGGAAGUUUGCUGUACACAGGUCGAAAUAAAAAGCCCGAAGCUGAUCGUUUUUCGGCCGAGUAUGUCACUUUUGAUUGCCUGUUGGAAGAAAGUGAUUUCAUAUUCAUCGUAUGUCCUCUGAAUAAUCAAACGCGCAAUUUGUUCAAUGCUGCCGCUUUCAAAAAGAUGAAACCAACCAGCGUUCUGAUAAACGUCGCACGUGGAGGAAUUAUCGACCAACCAGCAUUGGUAGAGGCUUUGGAAUCUGGCACGAUAUUCGCUGCAGGAUUGGAUGUCAUGACACCAGAACCAAUUCCACCAACUGACCCAAUCAUGCAUCUUCCCAAUUGCAUUGCCGUACCACACCUAGGAACUGCAACACGAAGAAGUCUGGAAGAUAUGUUCUGCAUUGCGUCAAGAAAUGUACUUUCCGUUCUUGCAGGGGGUCACCCUGCUAAUCCCUAUAUCUAAUCAUUUCUUUUCAAAAUGAUAACGCAUAAAACAUUAUAAGUCUUCAAGCACUGUA